GCGUUGUGCAAUUUUCACUGCAACUAAACGUGAAAUUAUACAACAAUUGCAAUAUCUUUUACAUGAGCGUAAUGAAUUGGUCAGAUUGUUCAAAACCGCAUUGGAUACAAUGCAUUCUGACGACCACAAAAUCAUUAUCAGCGCUGACAAAAGGCCCACUGGAAGCCAUGCAAGAUAAUUUAAUGCUCCCACUAUUAAUGAAGUCGCAGUGGUGAUUGUUGGCGAGAAUGUGGAAUCACGCGAUAUUGUUCUCAAGCGACGGGAUGAUGGCCAAUUGCAGGGAGUUUAUGAGACUCAUCGGUCAUAUGAUGCACUUCAAAACCCGUUGAUGUUCUGUCGUGGAGAAGAUGGGUAUCACUUUAACAUAAAGAUGGUCAAUCCAACGACAGGAGAUGAAACGAAUAAGGUCAGCUCUAUGAAUAUUUAUGCGUAUCGAUUGAUGAUUCGACUAGAUGUUGACAAUCAUCUGUUGAGAUACCGCCGUUUGUUUCAACAGUACUGUGUCGACAUGUACGUCAAAGUAGAAACGGAGCGUCUCAAUUUCAUUCGUUUCAAUCAGUCGAAGUUGCGCUCAGACGAGUACAUCCUCUUGCGUGACGCCAUCGCUACUGAAGGACACGCGGCCAAAAUCGGUUGUUUGGCCAUUCUCCCAGCUACUUAUGUUCGAUUAUUUCAGCCGAAAUACCAGAUAAACAAACUGAUCCCGGGCUGCAUUCCAUUGUGA